AUGCCUGCCCCGACUGCCCUUCGCCAACCGGCGGAAGCACCCGUGCUUCAGCCACCCCCCGCUAUUCCCCAGGAUCAGGACGAUGAGAUCUUGAUCGAUGCCCAAGCAACGGGUCAACCAGAUGCCUCAAACCCAUUGGUGGACUCUGCAGAAGACAACGAAAUGCGUAUUGAUGAAGAGGGCCGCCCCGUGUUCACACCUGCAAAGGAUACCAAUACCGCAUACCGGAUCGAAACUCGCAAGGUGCCCGUUCCGCCUCAUCGCAUGACACCACUCAAAGCCAACUGGACCAAGAUCUGCCCUCCCAUUGUUGAGCACCUGAAGUUACAAGUCCGAAUGAAUGUCAAGAGCCGUGCAGUUGAGCUGCGAACCUCGAAAUUUACCAAUGAUGUGGGUGCUCUGCAAAAGGGUGCAGAUUUUGUCAAGGCUUUCACCCUUGGUUUCGAUAUCGACGACGCGAUCGCCCUUCUUCGCUUGGAUGAUCUUUACAUUGAGACCUUUGAAAUUAAGGAUGUCAAGACUCUGAAUGGAGAGCAUCUUGGCCGUGCGAUUGGCCGUAUUGCUGGCAAAGACGGAAAAACUAAGUUUGCGAUCGAAAACGCAAGCCGGACGAGAGUGGUGCUCGCAGACCAGAAGAUCCACAUUCUGGGCGGAUUUAAAAAUAUCCAUAUUGCACGGGAGGCCAUUGUCAGCCUGAUCCUGGGUAGUCCUCCUGGCAAAGUCUAUGGCAACCUUCGGACUGUUGCUUCCCGUAUGAAGGAACGGUUUUGA